AUGUCGUCAACAUUUUCAUCUCGGGUGCAAUCUCGUACCAGUGCUGCGGGCAAAGAGAAAGGGAUGCACUCUGAAACCCUGGACAAGUACGACGAUCUCAACGAGCCCAUCCCAACCGAAGAACAAGAAGCGCUCCUACGAGAGCUCAAGACCAAGAACGAUGCUUCCAACUACGUCUACCGUGCAGCUCUGCUGCUCAUGGUGCUGCUCGUAUCGGUCGCCUACCUGACGCCUAUUCCAUCUUACAUCAACGGAACGCAUCCAGAAAACCAUCUGACACUCUUCCACCAUGGAGUGCACGUUAUCGGAACUGAGGAUCACUUGACCUACCUCCCGGCCUUUCCGAUCUACAUGAUCUUCUUUGGCAUCCAAGGCUACCUGCUCUACCUCUGCGCUCUCGAACUUCUGUCUCUCAUGGGUCACGACAGCCUUCUGACCAAGAUCACGCGCAGCAACGCCUCGCUGUACCGUUCACAUCCGUUCGGCACCGCGCCCUCCUACCUCGUUGCCACCCUCUCUGAGCUCCGCUACUCGGCAGGAAACAAAGUCAACCUUCACGAGCGCACCGAUCAACCCGCCAACAUCGGCCCUGAAAGCAAAGCGCUGUACGACACGCUCGCCAAUCCAAGACUCUUGUAUCUCUGGUUCCUCUUCAUCGCCGCGCUUCCGUUGCCCAUGUUGAUCUUUGGGGCCGGAAACUUUAGCAAUGCCGGCUGGUUCGGUCUCACUCCUGCAGUCGCUGGCCUCAUGCUCGUCGUCGAGACCUGCAUUCGAAGGUCCGAGAAUCAGUUGUUGGGUUUGGACGGCUUGAAGUACAAUCACAAGUCCGCCUAA